CAGUUAAUGUAAUAAUUAAAGUAAUGGAAUCAGUGCGCAAAGCUAAGCAGAGACUACGCAAUUAUCCCGUGCUACUGGGCAAGUGUGCUGAUAAGGCAGCUGUUUACGCGGCAUGUGUGACACGAGAUUUAAAUGUGCAGCAUCAUAUUUGCGAUAAGGAAUUCAAGCAGUUCAGUGAAUGUUUACAGAAAGCAGCAAAAGAAAUGAAAACUAAAUUGUAAAACGUACUUGUAAAUGCUGGAUUGUUAUAAAUGGAAAUUUUUCAUACAAA